GCGCGGCAGACGGUCUUCGCGCGCCGAGCUAUCUGGUUGGCACUUGUGUCGAGUCGGGACACUUGUAUUCGAAUUGACGUCGCACGUCUCUAGUUUCUACCUCGUUUUGUCCUCGUGUUUCACGUUGAAUCGCCACUCGCGACAGUUUCAUCGUCGAGUUUUGUGCUCCGUCCGUUUGGAACGCGCGAUCGACGCCGGCAGUUUCUUCGCCAAAUAAGGAGGUUAAGUCAGUGCGUUUUUUUGUUGUGAUGUGCAUGAAAUCUACGAGCCACUUCAAGAUGACGAUCGCCUGGGUCUGCCUCAUCGGCAUCUUGUGUUCUGCGUCAGUUAAAGGAUUGAAAUCGAACCUGGUCGUGGACAUCGAACCUAAACGACAGACCGCGGUGCGGCUCGGGGAGAGUCUGCAAAUUUUGUGCAGAGUCGGUAGACCACUUCUAGUAUGCCGUGUCGAGAUACCUGGAGAAGCUGGUGGCAUAGUUCUGUCCAAAGGACAGCCACCCGAAGAUGGUAUCGAGUAUUACGGAGAAGGCACCGAGACAGGCCAAUGCGGGGUUAAUAUCGCCAAGAUCAAGGAGAGCCAUGACGGAAUUUUCAAGUGCACUGUAACACCAACCGACAAUCGGGCGGAGGCACAGGCUUCUGUGAGGAUCAUUGUUGCCAAACCCCCGAAGAGUCCAGAACUUCACGCGAGUCCUGGUUCAUACGGCAGAAAUACCUACAGGAAAGGAGAGAAACUGGAAGUGAGUUGCAGCGCGCCAUCCGGACGACCAGCAGCGAACGUUUCCUUAUUCCUUGACGAUGAACCCAUUGGCAACGAGGAGAGACCCACGAUUUACGACUCGAACGUAGACGACAUCUCAUUGGCCGUGCAGAAUGCCACGCGAAGCUUGGAUUGGACCGAUAAUGGCAAAGUUCUUCGUUGCGUUGCAAGUCACAUCGCCCUUGACAGGCCUAAGGAAACGACUAUGCAGUUGCAAGUAUUCUAUCCUCCACAACCGCAGCCAAACAUCGAGCGUUUUGGAUAUGUAAUUGGACGCGAGGGGAUCGUGAACGUGACCGUUUAUGCGAAUCCUAGACCUCACUUCUUAUGGCGAGUAAACGAUGAAAAGAUCGCCGAGGGUCAUCCCGACGAAAGCAACCGAAUCGAAACCUCGACCGCUGUCGAUCUGGGAAGAGGAGCGUGGAGCGUGAUCCUCACGAUCGACAGCGUUCAGAAAUCUGACACGGACAAGGAGUACAUCCUGGAAGCUCGCAACGACGAAGGAGCUUCCGAAUACCGUAUCGUUUUGUCGACUUCCACAGAACCAGCAGACAUUGAUUUAGACGCUGGUUCCAUCAUCGGCAUCGUCGUUGGGGCCCUGGUGCUAAUUCUCAUCGUUUUCCUACUAAUUUUUGCCCGCGCGACUGGACGCUGGUGCUUCGCAGCGAGGCGUCGAGGCGACGAGGAAGCUGCGAGCGGUGUCGGCGCAGGAAGCGAGGCGCACAUCACCCCCGGGGACGAGGACGAAGAGGAUCACGAAGACCCGCGUAUCAUCGACGAGAAAAUGCCGCAGGGUGGCCAGGAGAAUCCGAUACACGCGAGCACGGAAUACGUGAAUGGCCGCACGGACGUCAAGGAGCCGAAGAAGGACGAAAAGACGGACACACCCGUUUAAGGAUGGUUCGUCCUGCGACGAUCGUUCCUUACUCGGACGCGGGAAAAAGCUGUCGACGCUCCUCGAUUCGGUUCGGCGACCCUUUGCGCUGUUUUUUCACGUUGAGAGAUUAUAUUCGCGGUACACAACGCGUUGCUCCAAGAUCGUGGGACGAUUUGAAAUAAUUCCGAUUCGAACAGGAAUCAAUCGCUGGGGCUGAAAUAAUUUUUCUUUCUUUUUUAUAUUUUGUUUAAGACGCGUGGAAUUUUAGUUGCGAUCAGACUGCGUUACGCUGUCGGUGCAUGAUCAUCGAGAGCGAUCUAGAUUGGUAGAGUAACACUAGGUUUACGGAGCACCAUCAUUUCGACACAUUCCGGAUUACACAUGAAACCUUGCAGAAACCAUUUACAUUUUUCGCCGACCACUUUUGCUGACUUUUAUCCGUAUGAAGAGGCAUAAAUCUAAAUUUCUUCACUGAUAGAUAUGGACGCGACUGAAAAGAAAAUUAACGUGAUAAAUAGACUGAGAAUUUUGUGCAAGAAAUAACAAAAUAGUAUGCAAUAAUAUAAAAAAAUAUUGAAAGCAAAACUCAUGUUAUAAUAUUUGGAGAGUAGAAUAAACUUCUAUUCGCGUACAAUUUUUAUAGUUGCGUUUGCAAAGAUUUUAUUUUCAUAAACAUUCGCAGUCUAGUUAUAAAUAUGAAAGAGAACAAUGCAGCAACAAAUUCGAUGACGAUUAGAACCUUCGUAAAUCUAGUGUUAACUCUUCGGUUCCGAUGGGCAGCUUUUUGUUUGGCAUACGAUGUGAAAAGAUUGGUAGCUCGCUGGAUCAAGUGCGUUCCGGUGAGCAAUUUAACGUCUAUUUCGAUACUUUUAUUCGCGAAACGAUCGCUCGAAGCUCUGAUUUGUUUUGUGUUUUAUUCUUUUAUUUUUAUUUUCUUCGUAAAGUUUCUUUAUUUCUAGACUUUGAUAGAGAUAGAAGUUAAGAGAAUUACUAUAGGAACUGGAGGGUUGAAUAACAUGUUUUGAAUUUAUUGAACGAUGAUCACUCAUCGCGGUGUAGUUAGCUAAUUAUUAUUUAGUAAUAUCUAAUCUCCCUGGCUAAAAGUCUUUACUUAUUACAAUUUUAACGAUUAUAUCGAGAUCUGAUACUGUACAAAUAUCACUCUUUUUAUUUAUUAUUUUCUAUUGGUAGACUACCGAAGAUCCGAUCUUGCACCUUGACUUUUCGUAAUGUUUUUACUUUAACGUUUUUUUAUUUUAAUAUCUUUUGUAUGGGUUCGAAUAGAACUCGGUGGUUUCGUUUGGUUUAUUAGCGACAUUUUAUUGUUAAUUGUAAAAUUACAAUUCGACCCCUUGCAGAAUAAAAAAAGAUUUCUUUCUCUUUCGAAUUGGAAAUAAAAUUACACAACAAAUAAUGUAUGCUAUGCCGUACGUGUAAAGUACUUAAAAGUAACCCUUUUGUGCAAUUAGAUACAGUGAAGAUUCUUCAUUUUCACUGCACAUCAAUCUAUUCUAUUGCAAAUAUAAUGAAGUUGCAAGCAAAAUAUAAAUUGAGCAGAACUGUGAUGCGAAUUGAUUUGCAUUACAAUGUUACAUAUUCUAUCAGUAUAUUUUAAGAACUAUAUCAUGGACAUGAAGGGGUUAAGGAAGCUAGGAUAAAUACAAUUCGAUAUUUCCUUCCUAAUCUAGACCUGCAAGGAAUCGAAACGUUCAAUUUUCGGAACAAAAAAUCGCUAAUGAAACAAACGAAGCCACCCAACUCAAUUUAUAUUAGUUUUAUCUCAAGAUAGUUAGACAUUUGUGUCUAUAUAUCCCAGUGAAAGCGACAAGUAUUCGAGGACACGUUUCGUCGACCUUCGUACUCAGGCUACUUCGAUCCAACGUAUCUUGGAGACACGUGCAUCGGUACGCAUCACCCUCCAAUAUUAUUUUCAAACUUAAUUAUUGUUUUAGCGACAGCGUUCUUAAGCAUAACAUAUUCUUUCGCAUUAUUUAUCGGGUUAGUCGAAACCAGAAUUGGACAGGCAUCAUUGAUUGCCAGAUGACAAACUACGUUUGCAAUUUACAAUCGUAGAUCAGGAGAUUCUAAUCAUUCCCAGAUGAUCGCGUCCAACCGAUCAUUCAUCGUCAACAUCAUGCUGACGGACUGUUACAAGCCGAAACCAUUAUUAACGCUUAUUUUUCCACUGUUGAAUGCGAAAUACAAACGUCCAUUUGAACUUGAAGGCACUUCAUUUAUUACGAGUAAAAAUUAAUUUUAACUCAAGCAUUAUAAUAAUUCCAACAAGGUGUUAAUCAUGAUUAGCGAAACGUCGAUGCGAUCGUCAAUUCCAUUUUGUCCAAAAACUGGAGAAGCCUAGCCCGACCCGCGAGAGUGCAAAGGGUCACAAAACUCGUUGUCAGCGAGGAUCACGAGUACACGUGUUCCUCUCUCGCCUCGAAUCUCAAUAGUUUAAGGAGGAACGAGUCUCGCAAUCAGUGCGUAUUUAUUUUAAACGACUCACGUUCAGUAUUUUCCGAAGGGGUAGCGAAAGGAACCUUUCGUUCGAGACGAAAAGGACGAGACUGAUUCCCGUUGGAUCAGGAUCAGGAUCAGCUCUUCGCUUCCUCACUUUUCUUUAUACGAUUUCGUCUCUUCGAUGGCAGCUGCGCGUAGCCUGAAACCACGAUCGUGUUGCAAACGUCAGGAUUGACUCAGGCUCUCGACUUUUCCUCGCGAACAAAUUUCUGAAUGUCUGGAUAAAAGUUCUCGACCAGAGAUGGGCAGAAUUUUAUUCGAAUCACGAACAAGGUGUACAUCCAUCUUUUGUACAUUCAAAAUAACUAUAUCCGAAUAACAUAAAUUAUAUAGUAAUCGAAAUUAAAUACACAACGACUUAAGAGUGCAAUUAAUUUUAUUUUGUGAACGACAAUCUUAUACAAGAUGAUAUCAGAAUACCUGCUUCGAUGAUCAAGAUGUUUUUAAUUCUUAGAGUUCGUUCUAUAGAUCACUGAAACUUUUGCUCUAUCACUCAGAAAUAAUUCGAUAGAUUUCACACGUUGUUCGAUAUUCGAAGUUUUUAUGUGGAUGAGAAUUUUGUCUGUCUUUACGCCGAGACUUUUGGACGAGGGAAAAUCGACGGUUUGAUCGAUGCCAUAGUCGCGUGAACGCGAUUCUCCGCUCAUCGACGAUAGAGAACGAUCCCUCGAUGCCUCGACACUGCGCGCAAAAAAUUCCCUCUCCUUUUGUCACGGUGUAAGUUUUGUAAAUAGAAGUUUCGAAAGCGACGCGCCCGUCGUUAUGAGCCUGGCGGGAUUUCCGCCGCCAUCUUUCCUUCGCGGGAGGAUCACAACGGGGAAAUUCGCUUGGGUCAAGAUAUUUACACACUACUAAUACAACUGUACGUCGUUCGAUCGUUAAUUUUUCGAGGACCAUCGGCUAAGAAACAAAAUUCGAUAAAUACUUUGAUAGUUCAAGUAAUGCUCUAGCAUAUAGUCUGUCUAACGUUUUGUUUAAUCAUAAACGACGUUAUUUUGAUCUACAGGAAUGCAGUAUAACGAAUAUAAAUUAAAAGCAUGCAGAUCGUAAAAGUGGCUAGUAGAAACGAAAUUUGUUGAAACGAACCCAACAGAAGUAUGUUCUUUCUCCCAAAAAGAGGAACCGAUUGUCCUCUUAUCCAAUGUCAUUCUUCAAGAACACGUGAAUGCAAAUCAAAAGUAUAGAUGUUGUAAAUGUGGUUAGCGGAGUAAACUUAUGAUAUAUAAAAUUGGUUGAGAAGAAUACAUGCAUAUGUUCUUGUUCCCGGGAGAUGGAACUGGUUUGCUUCUAUCCAACCAUCGUUGGCAAAUUAUUUAUUACUAAAGUUAAUGAAUAUAUGGCUUGGUAGACCAAAUUACA